CCACAACUCAAAAGAUUCCGUUUAGGUACGCGACGCCCCGACCUCGAACCCUUCUCCAUUCAUUCAUGUCCUAAAAUCUCUCUCUAUCUCAUCCUUUCUUUUGAUUCCAUUUUAGAUCCAAUAUUCUUUCUCCAUUUCAAAAAAAAUCCAACCUGCUUCCUCCCACCCACUUCUCUAUAGAUCCAAAACCUAUUGCCUUGUUUACUUUUAAACCUCCAUAGCAUAAUCAAAAAUAGUAAUGAUGGUUCAGAAGAUGGAAGUUGAUCACGCCCAUAAAAUGCAGAGAUGUCAUGAGUAUGCUGAAGCUCUCAAAGAAGAACAAAAGAAAAUACAAGUCUUUCAACGAGAGCUUCCUUUAUGCUUAGAACUCGUUACACAAGCAAUCGAAGCUUGUAAAAAGGAGUUAUCCGUUACAUCGACAACGUCAGAGCGGUACUCGGAGCAGACGGCGAGCGUGUGUGGUGGUCCAGUCUUGGAAGAGUUUAUACAGAUCAAGAAAAGCAACAACGAAGAGAACGGAGAACACGAGUCUCCUCGUGAGGUUGAGAAGAGUGACGUGGACAGUAAGAAAUCUGACUGGCUUAGAUCUACUCAUCUAUGGAACCAUUCGCAGGAUCCAGACACGACAGUAGUGGUAGCUAAGAAGGCGAGAGUUGUUGAGGUGAAACCGAACAGCCACAACCGCGGUGGCUUUCAGCCGUUUCAAAAGGAGCAAAAACGCGUUUUCUCGGAGACUGAUCUGCAUCCGGCGGUGAAAGCGACCACUCCGGCGCCGGCGCCGGCGACUACGACUUGUUCCACAACGGAAGUUGGUGGUGUGGAUAAAGCGGGAGAGGAGCAGGUACAGAAGCAGCAACUGCAGACGCAGACGCAGAGGAAACAAAGGCGAUGCUGGUCGCCGGAGUUACAUCGGCGGUUCCUUCACGCGCUUCAGCAGCUCGGAGGAUCGCAUGUUGCGACACCAAAACAGAUCAGAGAUCAUAUGAAAGUUGAUGGAUUAACAAACGACGAAGUUAAAAGCCAUUUACAGAAAUAUAGACUUCACACAAGAAGGCCAGCUACGGCCCAGGGUAACGGAAACUCGCAGCAACCGCAGUUAGUGGUGGUCGGAGGGAUAUGGGUGCCUUCGCCACAAGAUUUUCCUUCACCGUCAGAUGUAGCUAAUAAUAAAGGUGAUGGUGUAUACGCUCCGGUGACGUCACAAGCACCAGUACCACCGCAGUCUCCUAAGCGUUCGGUUGAGAGAAGUAGUGGCCGGUGCAACUCACCAGCGGCAUCUUCCUCUACAAAUACAACCACAACUUCUGCUUCUCCUGUGUCAUAAGAUUUUGUAGCAAUCUAGUGGGUUUGGUUUUGUAGGUUAAAUGCAAAUGAGUGUAAUAAGAUUUGUAACCAAGGAAUGUUCUUUCAUAAGCGUAUAUAUGAGAUUAAGCAUAUAUAUAUGAGAUAAGUAAGAGCACCUCCGAUUGUUCC